AUGACGGCCGACGGACCAGGGUUCCUUAACCCUGUCAAAGAAGAAGAAAAGACUUUUUCCAUUCAUCACAACCCCGGCUGCUUCAUUUGUCGGCUCGUGUUUACAACUUCACCGACACUACGGAUGCCUCUGGAGAAGGGCCAACAUUGCGGCCUGGUCUAUGGAUAUUCGUACCUCCUAGCCCAUGCUGGCCCAGUCCGUUGGUUCGUCUCCAUCGCCCACUUGUCGCUGUUAAUCAAGGUGACACCAGGGUUAUUUCGUGCUGCCCCAUGCUGUGGGAACAAUCGAGGAUUGCCAUUGCAGGCGACGCCAGGACAACGUCAAUCCUCGGUCACGAAUCCGUACAGGACAGUACAGUACUCCGUACACUACGGAUACAACAAGCACGUGAGCCCGCCGAUCCAACCAGUCUGCCUCCGGGCGCCGACGUGUCGGUCGAGUGGGCAAAUCCAGGAUGCGGAAACGCCUGCCGAGAGUCUGAACCGGGGCAACGCGAUUGUCAUUGAACAGGACAGCAAGCAAACAGGCUGA